GCCCCAGGUUGAUAAACCCGUCACCCUUUUCCGUGCUAUGGCGCGAAAAGACUCCCAAUUCCAAAAAUCCAGUGCGACAUUAGGGUUUCACCUCACAUGCUACCGGUAGUCUGGGGCACUGCUGCUUCCUCUCCCCCACCGCAACGAUGUCCGGAUUUUCAGACCAGCUCGAAGAAAUCAAAUCCCUGAUUUCUUCAGCCGCCACCAAAGCAAACAAGUCAUUCGCCUACUCCACCCUCUUACACCUCCAGCAGCAAUCCUCCGACUGCCACGAUUCAAUUCAAAUGCUUGCGCGGAGCUGCCGGAGCCUCAUCCGUCCGACCGUCGCCGAUGUUCGGAACAAUGACGAAGAAAUUGCAACUCAGGCAUUGAAAAUGCUUGGGCUUUAUGAUAUAUUAUCCGUCCAUCGUCGCCGAAAAUCGCAGUUUCUGUCACCAAUUUCUUUGUUUCGCAGUGGAUGA